CAGUCAUUAUAAAAUCACCAAUCGGACGCGACAAAACUCGACCUUUAUUCUAUAGUAGAGCUGAAAGAAAUUCAUAGAAAAAUAGAUAUACAAAGAUGGAAACGGUUCCAGUUCCCGUUUCGCAGGCCCAGAUGGCGGUAGCGGAGAAGAUCUCCAACUGCAACUCCUGCUUUCGCAGGGAGUUGACCCAUUUGGUCCUGUGGCGCGACUGGCGCAAGACGCUACUCGUGUUCGGGAUCCUGCAAGCUCUCAUCUUUGAUCUCGCCUACAAGUCUGCCAUUAGUGUGGUGAGCGUUUCGGCUCUGGUCGGGCUCUUCAUAACAAUUGGAUACCGAGUCUAUGUGCGCUGCCUCCAGUGGAUGAACAAGACGCCGAUAACUGGGAAUCCCUUUCAGGACUACCUAGAUAUGGACAUCUUCAUUUCCGAGGAGAUGGCCCAGCAAGUUAGUCUUUUGGUGUCCAUCAAGAUUGUCGGCUUCGUGGACAAGGUGCGAUCUGUGGUGCUGGCGGAGAAACCACUGGAGACAGCGAAGUGGAUAGGCAUCCUGGCUAUGGUGACACUUGUGGGCGAGAUCUUCUAUGUGACAACGCUGAUGCAACUGGGUGUGAUGCUAACUUUUUCAAUACCAAAGAUUUAUGAAUGGAAGCAACCAAUCUUUGACUUCCAAGUUGAGGCUUUUCAAAAGUUUCUGAAGUGGGGUUAUCCCGAGAAGAGCCCCCAAUUACAAAUAGAAUCGGAACCCAAUGGGGAUUCCGUCGAAAAUUCAAAAUGGGCCGAGCGCAACCCCACGGACAAAGAAUUUCAAAAUGUGAUUCAAAAACAUAUAAAACCAAAAGAUAAUUCGGUGGACACCAAAGAAUCCUCCGCCAAGGGUGACGAUCAAGAACAAAUUGAUGGAAUAUCUAGUGAAGAUUUUGAGCGUUUUGCCGAUUCCUGGAACCCAGAAGGCAACGAUCUAGUGGUCGCAAAUGAGGAGUAAUAUUGUAUAGGUUUUAAGCUUUUGGAUAUAUUUUGAAGCUAUUUCACAAAUUUAUUAUAAUGAUUGUAGUUACUGGUAACAUUUUGGAGGAAUCUAUAAAACUGAAUAAAGCUUUCUAAAAGGAA